UUUAAUCUCAACCUGCUUCCUCCUUUCCUGAGAUACACGCUUGUCUUUAGAACUUGCAACAGCAUACACUUCUUCAGUACCGUGAUAAUGGCUAGGCGGCCAAGGCACAGUGUCUACAGCAGUGAUGAGGAUGAAGAAGAAAUUGAAAUGUAUGACCAUGAUUAUGAUGGACCACUGCCAAAGUCUGGGAAGCGACAUCUAGGUAAAACUAGAUGGACCCGUGAAGAAGAUGAAAAACUGAAGAAACUAGUUGAACACCAUGGAACUGAAGACUGGAAAGUUAUUGCCAGUUUCCUUCCUAAUCGAACAGAUGUGCAGUGCCAGCACCGAUGGCAAAAGGUGUUGAAUCCUGAGCUUAUCAAGGGGCCUUGGACUAAAGAAGAGGAUCAGCGGGUGAUCGAGCUUGUGCUGAAGUAUGGUCCCAAACGCUGGUCUGUCAUUGCAAAGCACUUAAAGGGGAGAAUUGGCAAGCAGUGCAGAGAACGGUGGCAUAAUCAUUUGAACCCAGAGGUGAAGAAAACCUCCUGGACAGAAGAAGAAGACAGAAUUAUAUUCCAAGCACACAAAAGACUGGGAAAUAGAUGGGCAGAAAUUGCUAAACUCCUUCCUGGAAGGACUGAUAAUGCUAUCAAGAACCACUGGAAUUCCACGAUGCGACGAAAGGUUGAACAGGAAGGUUAUCUCCAGCUUUCUCCCAAAACAGGCCUGCCUGCAUUGGCUGCAAAUUACAAUAAGAAUAACCACAUAAUGGGUUUCGCCCAUUCGUCCCCACCCACUCAGAUACCCACAAUGAAUGCUGAUUUUCAAUAUUUCCACAUCCCAGAAACACACAGUAUUCCUGGUCCAGUUCCCUUUCCGGUAGCUCUGCAUGUGAAUAUACUCAACAUUCCCCAACCCGCUGCUGUAGCAAUUCAGAGACACUAUAGUGAUGAAGAUCCUGAGAAAGAGAAAAGAAUAAAGGAAUUAGAGUUGCUACUUAUGUCGACUGAGAAUGAACUGAGAGGGCAGCAAGCAUUACCAAGCCAGGUGCCAAACUACUCAAGAUGGAAUGCCACAGUGAUGGCUGACAACUCAGGAUCUCGUGGUGACAAUGUUACCAUUUCCUGUUUGGGAGAACAGCAGCAACGGACUGCUCCCCCUCCUCCCCUGGACCACGGCCGUCAUCCUGAAGAGAGAGCCUCCCCAGCACGCAGCAUGGCAGUCAACCAAAAUAAUGGCAUGUCGCCUCUCCCUGAGUUAACAGAUACACUCCAGCUAAUAGAUUCGGAUCCUUCCACAUGGGCCGAUCUCAGCAGUUUUGAACUCCAUGAAGGUGCAGAUGCUUGCAAAAUGCCAAGCAACAAAUGCACAGAGCUUCAGCAAAAAGAGGGCAGUGUGUACGAAAGUACUGAACACACUAAGUCAAGCUUAAACAAAAGCGUGCUGUGUCAGGGCUCUCCUGCUUUGCUCAGGUCACUUUCUGCCUCAGAGUUUGCCACCUCUCCUGCAGUCAGCCUUCACAAACGGAAAGAGAUUGCCAACCAUUCGGACAGUGGUGAGGGUAGCACCUUCACACUAGCAGACUUCAGCUGCUCCACUCCCAAGCGUUCCCCGGUCAAAAGCCUGCCCUUCUCACCCUCGCAGUUUUUCAGCACCUCAACAAAUCAAGUAAAUCUAGAGAUUGACAAUCCAUCAUUAACAUCCACUCCUGUUUGUACUCAGAAAUCCAUGAUUACAACUCCACUGCACCAGGACCACGUAACUAAACCUCAGAAAGAGAAUGAUGUUUUCAGAACUUCAAAUAUCCAUCAAUCGGUAAUGGAGACAUUUCCAAGAACUGCUACUCCUUUCAAAACUGCACUGGCUCUACAGGAAAUCAAAUAUGGCCCUUUAAACAUGCUGCCCCAAACUCCCCAUCUCGAUCAAGACUUGGAAGAUGUCAUCAAACAGGAAGCUGGUGAGUCUGGAAUUGCAGCAGGGUUGCAUGAAGAUGAGCAACCUCCCUUAAAGAAAAUUAAACAAGAGGUGGAAUGCCCCUGUGAGAGAAUAAGAACUUUCCUCCAGUGGGAGGGAGAAAACCUCAACACUCAGCUCUUCACACAAGGCAAUUCUUCCGAAGAUGCACCGGAGUUGAACACAUGGGAAGCAGUUGCUUGUGGAAAGACUGAAGACCAAAUGCUUGUAACAGAGCAGGCCCGCAAAUAUAUUAACCCAUUCUCAACCAGGACUCUAGUCAUGUAAAGGGUUCAAGCUAAGCAUUAUAACAUGUAUAACAUUUUAAAACACUUCAGGUUGAUUUAAGAAUCAACGUUCCUUCUUCGUGAAGAUAAAAUUAGGAGGGGAACCUAUUUGUUGUGGUACAACAGUUGGGAGCAGCACAAUGCAGUUUGACAUUGUGCAUUCACUUGUUGGAUUUCAACCAACCAAAGAAAACUUAAAACGACAAGCUUACCUAAGUUACUAGGUAGGUAAUACUAUUUUUUGUAUCACUUAAAUGUAUAAUUUAUGCAUAAUAAUAUAAAGAACAACCUGCAUAAUUUAUUUUUUGUUUGGAUGUUGUUGUCCAGAAAUUGGCAAAUAAGCAGUGUUUUAUGCCAGUAUUCUUAUUUUCCUCUUGUUGCGUGGAACAAAUGUACUAAAUAACAAUAUAAACAGUCACACAUGGUUAACUAAAUGCACUGAUGGGAAGUAUUGUGUUAAAGCAUUAUUACAGACCAAAUUAAGAUAAUCAAGAUUGUGAAUAUUCAAAAAUAUUCUGUUUAAGUACUUGUUUGGUUUUAAACCACUAUUUGUGUGUGUAUUUGUUUUUUUGUUUUGUUUUUUAGCUUGUCUGAUGAUAAGUGUGUGGAAAAUUGUUUUAUUUGAACAAAUGUAUUAUAUUUUUUAUUUUAUAAUUACAUUUUUGUAAAUGCCAAAUGGAAGAGGAUCUUUUUGCUGCUAUAAAGUUUAGCAUGUAGACUGCUAGCGUCAAAUGGGCAGUAGAGCUUUACUAAAUUGGAUGACCUACUGCACUACCAUUGAGGGUGAAUUUAAUUGUUUUGUUAUUUGGAAACACUUCUUGGGAGAUAACAAAAUGGUCUUGCACCUUUACUUUUGGGGAAACACUGUAUUUAAAAAAUAAAUAAAUAAAUAAAACAUUUGAGUUGUACAUGCAGGCUUUGAAAUGUUCUCCGUUACUCUUUUAUGUUGUGUUUUUGUAUGUCUUGCCUUCAUUCGACUGCCGUAGCAAACUUCAAACAAACACUUUGAAACAACUUAAUAAACUUUGCUGCCUUUUUAUAGCUUUUGAUGCAAAUCAUCUGCACUUGCUUUUUGAUAUAAAUUUGUAUAUGAACUGCCUUGUAAAUAAAGUGUGUGUUUUUUAUUAGA